UUUGACUUGUUCCACGAUCACAAAAUAGCAACAAAAAAACAUGACUUGGAAUCAAAUUUGUGAGCUUUGAUCACAAUGAUUUAGAGUAUCGUACAUUYGAACAAUAUAACCUGGSAUUUAGCAAUAUCAAUGAGCUUGUCUAUGUGACUGAUUAACAUGAGCGAUGCCGCCAAAAACCGAGUCAUUGCACUGGGAACUCAGUUUAACUGCGCUGAACGAUGUCAGGACCCUAUAUCGGUUCAGUUCGAAGGAAGCACAAAGAAAUCGUUUUGGAAAAGAAAUACUAGCAAAUUACCUGGCAGUAUAAAGCCAGUGGUAACCAAUGUUAAUGAGCAGAGUGUUGCACUGCCUGUUUCGYCUGAUGUUAGUGCCACAGCUCCAGGAGUUAAAGGGAAGCCCAAAUCCCUGUCAUUCCAAGAAUUUGACAGUAAAAUGGAUGAUGCCUGGGCAGACAUUGAAGAUGAAAUAUUGAAGAGCAAUCCAACAAAAGAACUUGGUGAAAAAGGGACAGAGGAGCGUAUAAGGACAAUUAGUGGCGGCGAAGUGAGAGCUGGUUUGUCUAUUGAUAUUGAAAAAGCAAAAAACACACAUCAGGGCCUUGCYAGUAAAAAAGAGGAAAGCAAAGUUUCAAGACCAUCACCUUUGAGCAUUUUAACUAGACACAAAAAUCAAUCUUCAAGCUCAAAAUCAUCCAAGAAAUCACCCCCCACAUCAACAUCCCCACCCCCUCCCCCAGUUCAAUCAACUCGCCCUCCUUCACCCCUAAGAGCCGUGAAACUUGAAUUUAUGGAACAAGAGAUAUACAAGUUGGAAAAAUUUGGGAAACUAUUGGCUGGGCCAAACACAGACUUAGAGGCCAUCAGGAAACUUAGUUGGUCUGGAAUACCACAGGCGGUGAGACCAACCACAUGGCAACUACUUUGUGGUUAUUUGCCAGCUAACAUCGAUAGAAGACAAGCGACACUAGACCGUAAAAGAGAGGAAUAUCACAAUUUUGUUAAACAAUAUUAUCCAACACGACUUGAAGAUACUUAUAGGGAUACUUUUAGACAGAUUCACAUUGAUAUCCCAAGAAUGAACCCUUUAAUUCCAUUAUUUCAGCAAACGUUAGUUCAAGAGAUUUUUGAGAGAAUAUUGUAUAUCUGGGCAAUUAGACAUCCAGCAAGUGGAUAUGUACAGGGAAUGAAUGACCUGGUAACUCCUUUCUUUGUUGUCUUUCUUUCAGCAUAUGUUGAUGGAGAUCUUGAAAACUAUGAUGUGUCUACAUUACAGCAAAGUGUCCUGGACACGAUAGAAUCUGACAGUUUUUGGUGUCUAAGUAAACUGUUAGAUGGAAUACAAGACAAUUACACUUUUGCACAACCUGGGAUUCAAAUGAAAGUGAAUGCACUUAGGGAGCUAGUAAAGCGGAUUGAUGAACCACUUCAUAGGCACUUGCAAGCAAAUCACGUGGAAUAUCUACAGUUUGCCUUUAGAUGGAUGAAUAAUCUUUUAAUGCGAGAGAUGCCAUUACGCUGUACMAUACGACUCUGGGACACGUAUUUGUCUGAAGAAAAUGGUUUUGCUAGCUUUCAUUUGUACGUUUGUGCUGCUUUUCUGGUGCAUUUUUCUAAAGAAAUCACUUCAAAGAGAGACUUUCAGUUCUUGAUGGUACUUCUUCAAAACCUACCAACUGUCAACUGGAAUGAUCAGGAUAUCGGUUUAAUACUUGCAGAAGCAUUUCGGUURAAAUACAUGUUUGCCGAUGCUCCAAAACACUUGCAAAGCAAAUAGGGAGAGUAAAUAAUGAACAUAAACCCGUGGACCAAMAUGUCGAAAUUUUUUGGCAUGUAUUUUGAGUCGUAUUAAAAGGAGGAAGAAUGAGGAAUGAAACGUAUUGAUCAUUGCAGCUCUCACGAGGAGUGCAGCCACAUCUGAGGGUCAAUAAAAUGGGCUUUUACUUCAAAGAAAUAGUGAAAAUUCUAUGAUUUGCCCCCCAGAUGGAUAUAGGGCGUAGCAAUUAAAAAAUAGAGAAAGAUCUUGUUGGAGCGAGUCACAAGUUAUGUAUCGYUUCUAAAAUGGUGAAUCUGYACAAUCAAAGAUUGGWUAUUGAGCUGRCACUGAGAAAAAUGCGAUAAAAAUACUUAAAUAAUGACAAAGUUGUAUGAAUUCAAAGACCCUACAAAAUGUAGCAUGUCGGUUAGUAAAUAAAAUCAAAGAAAUCUGAAA